UCAUCGUUACUAGAACUAGUUUCUAUUUUGCCAAUGAUUAGUUGGCUUUUACAAUAGCAAUGGCAGCUACUUGAUUUUAAUGAGAACUGAGAAGCAGUUCUUUUAGUUAUCUUUGUGAAAUUAUUGAGAUAGAACUUAUGAGGCUAGCAGUUUGAUUAAAAAUGUAGGACUUCUGUUUUUGGCGUUUAAAUAUAGAAAUACUGCAUAUUACAUCAAAUGGGGAUACAAAUAAUUAUAGCAAAUUGCUGUGUUAAAGAACUUUUUGAGUGACCUACCUCUCAUUACCAUGGGUAUUUCUGAAUAUGCAGUGAGAGGAAGGUCAGCAGAACAGCUGUUAGAACAGAGAAAGCUGACUUCUGUGCAGGAAGAAGACAAUAUGUAUUUUCUCAUACUUAGAGGUCUUUAUUACUCAUAAGGGAAGCCAUUCAAGAACGCAAAUGAUUCUUAUAGACAUUGGUAUAAAAGAUCCACAUACAUUCCAGCCACUACAGAAUUUCUCUUAGUCAAAGAAAAUAUUAGCAUGGGAAAGUCUAAUCAGUCUUUUGUGACAGAAUUUGUCCUGCUGGGGCUUUCUGGCUACCCAGAGCUGGAGGCCAUUUACUUUGUGCUGGUCCUGUGUAUGUAUUUGGUGAUCCUAUUGGGAAAUGGAGUCAUCAUCCUUGUGAGUGUUUAUGACACCCACUUGCACACCCCCAUGUACUUUUUCCUCAGUAACUUAUUCUUGGACAUCUGCUAUACUAGUUCAUCUAUCCCACUAUUUCUCAGCAGCUUCUUAACUUCAAAGAAAACUAUUUCCUUCUCUGGAUGCGGAGUGCAAAUGUUUCUCUCUUUUGCUAUGGGAGCAACAGAGUGUGUCCUUCUAAGUAUGAUGGCGUUUGACCGCUAUGUGGCCAUCUGUAGCCCUCUACGAUACCCUAUCAUCAUGAACAAAUCUGCAUAUGUGUCCAUGGCUGCUGGGUCCUGGAUUGCAGGAGGCAUCAAUUCUGUGUUGCAAACGUCCCUUGCAAUGCGGCUUCCUUUCUGUGGGGAUAACGUCAUUAAUCAUUUUACUUGUGAAAUCUUGGCUGUCUUAAAAUUGGCCUGUGCUAAUAUCUCCAUAAAUAUUAUUAGCAUGGUUGUUGCUAACAUGAUUUUCCUUGCAGGGCCAGUACUUUUUAUUUUUGUUUCAUAUGUUUUUAUUCUCUCCACCAUUCUGAGAAUUCCUUCUGCAGAAGGAAGGCGCAAAGCCUUCUCCACCUGCUCUGCCCACCUAACGGUGGUCGUUAUAUUCUACGGAACCAUCCUUUUCAUGUAUGCAAAGCCCAAGGCUAAAGACUCUUCUGGUGCAGACAAAGAACAAGUCACAGAAAAAAUCAUCUCCCUCUUCUAUGGGGUGGUGACACCUAUGCUUAAUCCUCUCAUCUAUAGUUUGAGGAACAAAGAUGUGAAGGCAGCAGUGAAGAGUAUUCUGUGUCAAAAAUGCUUCUCAGAAAGAAUGUGAAUGUUUCUUUAUUUAUUUUUAAAAUCAUUUUACUCUGAAUGUAGGGCUAGUUCUCACUCGGAGUUUCCAAAAUAAAUAUGAGGGUUGAUGAUUCCAUGAAUUCCUGAAAUUCUCAUUUUUCUUUUCCUAAUGCUUAAAAGAAAGAGGGAAAUCCAGGACUGAGUUAUUUUUCUCUUCAUGAUAGAGUUAAGGAAAAGAGGGACAGAAACUUAUGGAUAAAAGUAUUCUCAUCCAAACCACCAUCCUUGUUAAGGCUAAUAGAGUUUAGUUUAAUCCUUGAAUGAUAAAUUUUAUAAUCUAAGAGGAAGUACCCUUUUGCUAACUUAAUAUUUUAUCCCAUAUCUACACCAUUCUUAGGAAGAUCAAGUAGAAAGCAUCUUGCUAAAAAUCAGAAUGCUAUAUGACUCCAACAGUAAAUAAUUCGGAAUGAAGUAGAUUUGAUCACGUAGAAGUAAAUGGGGAACACUGUAAGGUGUUAGAUACCUACCCUGUAUAUAUGUAAUAGAGGGAGAAUAAAUGGAAAAAUGAAGCUAUUUCCUGGGGAUGAUUUCCUUUUGGCUACAAACUGGCAAGCCAUCUUUUGUGCAGAGGUGUUUAAGGCAAUGUGAGACUCUGUGCAGACAACCCAGAUGAUGGGAAAUAUGGCCUGCCUUGUGUUUCAGUAGAUGAGCAAUGAUGUCUUUGAGUGAAAUGAUUCAAGAAACAUUACUUUACUUCUAACUAACUGGAUAGUACAGUUCUCUGAGAACACAGUGAUAAUGGAUUUACUAUUGUAAGAAGUUAGGUUUUUGCAAUUACAUGAAUUUUCUAUGGAAUCUGAGCAUUACAUUCAUUCACUCAGUCAUUUAUUACUCAUUUACUUAUUCAGUCCACCAGUAUUUACUGAAUCCCUAUUUUUGUCUCAGGCAUUGGGCUAAAUAUUGGCGAUAUAAAAAAAUAUAAAACAACCUGGAAGCGACAACGAAGACAUGGUGAGGGAGCAGUCUUGUGGAAUACAGAUUGACACAUACAUUGAAGAUGAAAAUCUUAAAGAAUACUUAUUUAUGGAUUUUUCAUCUCUCCUACCUUCUAAGCUGGACUCUGUUGGGUCUUUGUUGGGCUGAGCAGAAUAAUGGUUGGAUUAAUAGUAAUUUAAAUAAGCUGAUUGUCAUAUGAAAGGGCUUGAACCAUCUCUAGAAAAGAAAGAAGAUAGUGAGAAAGACCUCAGUGCAUACUGGAGAUUUUGAUGAUAGAAGGACAGAUAUUUACAUUGAUACAGCAAAAAUAGGAUUAGAGGAAAAGAAAAAAUUACCUACAUGGAAUUUUGGGAAAGGUUUGAUGCUGGUUUUAUGUGACCCUACCUCAGUGUGUCUUGAUAAUCUCAAUAAAGAUAUACAACAUUCUUUAAGA